AUGGACGAUGCGGCCGUGCUUAAGAGGAAAGGAUACAUCCUGGGGAACAGAUUGGGCGAGAGUUCUUUUGCCAAAGUCAAGUCGGCCUACUCGGAGCGCCUCAAGUUCAACGUGGCAGUAAAAAUAACAGACAGGAGGAACGUCCCCGACGAGUUCUUGGAGAAAUUUCUCCCCAGGGAACUGGAUAUCUUGUCGACAGUGAGCCACAGUUCGAUCAUAAAGAUCUACGAGAUCUUCGAGACAUCUGGGAAAGUCUACAUCGUGAUGGAGCUCGGGGUGCAAGGAGACUUGCUGGAGUUCAUCAAGAGCAACCGGGGGCUGCCCGAGGAAGUUGCCCGUAGGAUGUUCCGACAACUGUGUUACGCGAUUAAGUACUGCCAUGAUUUAGACGUGGUGCACCGGGAUUUGAAAUGUGACAACAUCCUCCUAGACAAAGACAUGAACAUCAAGCUGUCGGAUUUCGGCUUUUCCAAACGGUGUUUUCGGGAUGGGAAUGGGAAGAUCAUCCCCAGUCAGACUUUCUGUGGUUCGGCAGCAUAUGCGGCUCCAGAAGUGAUCCAGGGCAUCCCUUACCACCCCAAAGUUUAUGACAUGUGGAGCCUGGGCGUCAUCCUCUAUGUCAUGGUUUCUGGAUACAUGCCGUACGAUGACUCCAACGUGAAGCGAAUGCUCCGGUUGCAGAAGGAACACCGGUUGCUCUUCCCAGAGUCUAUGACAAUCGAAUGCAAAGAUCUUAUUUUCCACAUGCUGCAUCCCAAUGUGGCUCACCGACUACGAAUUGAUGAAGUCCUGAAUCAUCCUUGGGUGCAGGGGAAGAGCCCGAAGCCUCGCCGGUUGUUUGAAUAA